AGUCUUGCUUUAGCAGUGACGUCGCGAACCGGGUGUUUGACUCGGAAGCUGCGACGGCGGAGCGAAAAACCCGUGAAGAAAAAAAAGGAGAAACGGUUCUAUAAACGGUUUCUGACCGUAUUUGUCCGCUAAUAUCGCCAGUAAACAGACAUAUGAUCUCUCAUUAGUCAGAAACAUCGAGGAUUUGAAGGCUCCGUCACAUCGAGGAAGAACAGGGAAGAAGAGACGGACGGACUCGCUCACCGCCUCGGUCUUCAGCUGUUUAACGCUCGCCUUGCUCGGCUCCCCCACUCGCCGUGUGACAUUAUGGAAAAUGCCGACCAGAAAGGAAACCCCACACACUACACGAACGGGCUGCUGAACGGAUUUCAUCCGCCGAACGGAUCAAACGGAGCUGGAGGAGGCGGCGGAGGAGGAGGCAGCAGCGCUAGUGGCACUAACCCUCACUGUAGUGGUGGCCAUCAUGGUAUUGAAAAUUUCCACCAUCUUCACAGACCUGAUGUUCACAACAAUGGUUCUCCUGCCAAGCGCUGCAGACUCAGGAGGCGGAUGGACUCCGGGAAGAAGAACCGGCCCCCUUUCCCUUGGUUUGGCAUGGAUAUCGGAGGCACCCUGGUGAAGCUGGUUUACUUUGAGCCGAAAGACAUCACGGCUGAAGAGGAGCAAGAGGAGGUGGAGAGCCUGAAAAGCAUCCGCCGUUACCUGACCUCCAACGUGGCCUAUGGUGACACAGGCAUCCGAGACGUCCACCUGGAGCUGAAGAACCUUACCAUGUGCGGCCGCACAGGCAACCUGCACUUCAUCCGCUUCCCCACACACGACAUGCAUAGCUUCAUCCAGAUGGGCCGGGACAAGAACUUCUCCAGCCUGCACACCACGCUGUGCGCCACUGGAGGAGGAGCCUACAAGUUCGAGGACGAUUUCAGGACGGUGGCUAAUCUGGAGCUGCAGAAGUUGGAUGAGCUGGACUGUCUGAUUCAGGGUCUGCUGUAUGUGGAUUCUGUGGGCUUUAACGGCCACCCCGAGUGCUACUUUUUCCAAAACCCCUCCGACCCUGAAAACUGUGUCAAGCAGCCAUGUUGCCUUGACAACCCUUUCCCCAUGUUGCUGGUAAACAUUGGCUCGGGGGUCAGCAUCCUCGCGGUCUACUCCAAAGACAACUACAAACGGGUCACAGGCACCAGUUUGGGAGGAGGCACGUUCCUCGGCCUGUGCUGCUUGCUGACUGGCUGCGAGACGUUUGAGGAGGCCUUAGAGAUGGCAGCAAAGGGUGACAGCACUAAUGUGGACAAGCUGGUAAAGGACAUUUACGGAGGAGAUUACGAGCGCUUCGGUCUUCAAGGGUCCGCUGUAGCAUCCAGUUUUGGUCAUAUGAUGAGCAAGGAGAGGCGUGAUAGCAUCAGCAAAGAGGACUUGGCCCGAGCUACUCUUGUCACCAUCACAAACAACAUUGGUUCCAUCGCCCGCAUGUGUGCUGUGAACGAGAAAAUCGAAAGAGUUGUAUUUGUUGGGAAUUUCCUGCGAAUAAACACUGUGUCAACAAAGCUGCUAGCAUAUGCCAUGGACUUUUGGUCGAAAGGACAGUUGAAAGCCCUGUUUUUGGAGCAUGAAGGUUAUUUUGGGGCUGUCGGUGCCUUCCUAGAGCUACUGAGGAUGACUGAAGACCUCUGAGGAUUUCGAGGAACUUAAAAACUUGCCAGAACCAGAAGCUGCUGUAAGAUGUCAGGAAACCUCCUCCCAUAACAAGGAAAAGCCAUUUGGAUAUUGUCAGAUAUUUAAGAUAAUGCCUGUACCCUCCUUCCCUGAUUGUAAACCUUUUGCUAGCUUGAUCUCGAUACAUGAAUGGGUUGCGGAGGUGAGUGUUUUGCGUAUUUUACCACUAAAGAGAGAGCCUCUCAAGGUACAGUCUACUGUAAACUGAGUUGAAGACGUUUGUGUUAGUAGACCGUGCCCUAAAGCCAAAAUCAACAGAGAUUUUUUUAGACUGAUGAGCACUUCUACAGAUUACCGUUUUGUGUUGUACGUUUUAAAUAUCUAGCUUUAGUACAUGGCUUAGAAGAAAUAGACCCAAAGUGGUCACCUUAUUCCAAGUCAAUGUUCCCUUCCAUUGUAUUCAAAGAUCACCUACAGUACCUUACCACAUAUAAAAUAUAUGCUUCAUCAACAAUUUUGAUAGAGUUUGGUAAAGAGUUUUAAAUGCCCAGUAAAAAAAGUAACGUAUAUUACCUUACUUUCAUAGGCAUUAGGUCUCAGACAGCCAAGACUGGAGUUGAGUGCAUUUUAGACGGUUUCCAGAUAACCAAGAAUAUGCAGUAAACAUACAGGCUGUGAGAUUUAAUGUGCACACUAGCUAAGCUAAGCUAAGCUAAGCUAGGUCCAGCUGUGAUGAUUAAAGGAGAUCUGGGUUUGAGAACCAGGUCAAGUCACAGGUGGAAUGUGUUCCUUACUUACCUACUUAUUGGACAUUUUAAAAAGACAGUUUAAAUAUUCUGCAUUAUAAAUCACAACAGGAUUAGUGCUAUAUCAUAAGCAUUAUUUUAUCCACAGUAUUAGCCAGCUCAGUUUUGAUUUCUUCUCUUCACCCGCCAACUGUAGGUCUACUAACACACAUUUUUCAACCAAAUAGAGACUAUAGUUAAACUAGAGAGUUGUGGGGACCAAGUUGUCAGUGUUGAACUGAUCAUAUUAUGGCUCAUUAUGAUCUGUUAGGUAAAUAGUUAAUCGCUGAUGUUUUUUUUUUUAUUUGUAGUCAGCUCUGAUAUUCUCCCAUAGAAGAAAGAAUAAUGAAGUGUUGGCUAAAUGACUACUUCACUCUAACGACCAUUUUCUUCUUACCCCGAGAUGUACUUACACUGUAAUAGAGGUUGUUACUGAUUUUUAUUAUUAUUAUUAUUAUUUGUUUAUAUUUAAUCCAUAUUUUGCAGAUUGUAUAAUUUUAUUGAUUGUCCUAUUUGUGGCAUUACAUGAUGGUAUCAUAGUUUCAUUUGAAACUACAAAUCGAGCCUGUAAACCUUUCUCCUGCCUUUCCUUCUGCCUUGUCCAACAAAUGCCUUCAUUAUCAUCUCUUUAAGUCAUUCUUUAUGUCUUGUUUCUUUCAGAUGACCAGCAUCACAUACCUUUUAACACCUUUUAAUACUGUAUCUGUUGUUUGGCCUUCUCUGUAAGCUGAAAAUAUUAACACAAUAUGGUGGAAGCAUUGUUCAGUUUGCUGCCUCUGUAGUGUAUAGUCAAUUUUCCUGUUAAUGCAGCUACAUAUCCCACUAUUGAUAUAUUAAAAACUGUUUUAUAUGAGAUCUUAUAAAUGAUAAUAAGAUCGCAAUAUCGCACCUGCUACACAAAUGACCAUGCAAUUAAAUUUGGAGAAGAGUAUUUUAGAAAAGAGUCAUUAGUGUGGAAAUGGCUUGAUUUGCUCUUAAACACUGUUAGAUAUUCACAAUUGAAAUAUCAAGUGUGCUGUAUUUUUGCUAACAGCCCACAGAAGCCUGUGCUGAAUAGGGCUUUAUAAACGAAUGAUUAUUAUUUUGGAUGUCGACUAAUCUGUUGACUAUUUUUUUCAGAUUAAUCAUGGCUCAUUUCUGCCAGGCCCUCCAUUUCUACUUCGUGUGAAUGCAGAUCCUGUUCCUAGGCUUUCUCUAUCACUUCAAAAUACUAGAAACAGCAGAACAUAGGAUGUAAAUGCCUAUUAAAUGCCCAGAAGACAUUUAAAUAUGAAAUGUUCGGGACUUUAAUGAGAAAAUAAAUAGUUUCUAUCACUUUUAGUGAGUGAGCAGCCCUUUCUAUUAUAUGUUUCUAUUCCCAGCACUUUGUCAAAACCUGCAUAGUUACAAAUGAACAACUAGCUGACACUGUAAUUUGGAGUCGACAACUGUUUAUAAGUGACAUCGGUAAUUAUGGCGACUAAUCGGUGCAGCUAUAGUUCUGUCCAGCAUCACAAUAGGAUUGGUUUUAGUAGAAAACUCCAUCUACCCACAAAGAGAGAGCAAGGCCAGUUCUGCUCUCUCUCGGACUCUGGCUGCUUGAUGGCUAGCAGCAUUCCUCAGAUCAUAGUUACAACCCCUAGGCCUGCUGAACCACUCAACACCUAUAAAUACUAUAUUUAAACAUUUGUACUUUGUUCAGAGUAUUUCAAUGUAUCGUAUUGUAUCGUAUAUCACUGUGAAUCGAGAUUUGAGUUGUUUGCCAUAUCGCCCAGCCCUAUAUCCCAGACUGUAGAUGCGAAACGGCGGAUCCCUUAACUAGGGAAAAGAACCAGGGUUACUGGGGUUGCUGCAGUCAAAGACGCACAAUAACAUGCCGGACAGGUUCUCAAAGCUAAUUCCAGAAAAUCUGGUAUUUCUACACACGUCAGGCUAUAUGUAGGUUAUGAACCCAGUGCUCCUUUAUAAACAUUUUAUUUUCUUGCUCCAACUUGUGUGAUAGUAUCUAAAUUUGCACAAAACUUUGCAGCAUGGGAUCUACGGUCCAGUCUAUGCUGUGUAUGUAAAUACUACACUGCUAAACUGCUGUAUGUGCUGCAGCCUGAACAUCGUUUUGUUUUUUUUAAUUCAGACAAACACGCAGCAAGUAGUUGAACCAGUCAGUUACUAGAAAACCAAAUUCCUUUUGGUGCUUGCGUCCCUAAAUUCCUCCAGCAUCUAUCAUUAGCCUGACAUUUUUUGUUUUAGGACGCACACUGAAAGUAAAUUUCAGAAUGACAGUGGUGGAUUAUUGUUUUCAAAAAAAUUAUAUAUAUGUAUUAUUUUAAAAAAUAUUACUAAAAAGUUAAAUUUUGUAAUCCAAGUGGGAUUAAUUUUUUUCCAAGAAUUAUUGUAUUGGCAUUAAAAGAUUUGUCAUGUACAUUUUUGAAUUUUCGCUGUUGUAACAGAUCUUGUUUCUCUGAAAUUCUAUCAUUAAUGGAAAAGUAAAAUUAAUUUUAAAAACAAAAUCUAAAUAUAUAUAUUUUAAAUCAAUAGGUUCUUUUGUUGUGGAAUAUAAACAAUAGCUGAAAAAACCCACUAAAGUAUUUCUGAAAACAUACUAGUUACAUUUUGAUGUCAGUUUGAAAUUCUAAAUUUAAAGAAUUCAUGUAUCAGCAUUUAAGUAUUUGUACAUUGUUGUAUGUUUUCCCCAAAAUGUCAGGUAUUACUGGCGUCAGCUCUGAAUUCCCAUAUCUGUGAAUUACUGAUUCUAUUUUGGAUCUUCACUGUUUUAACAGAACCUUUUUCACCCAAAACCUUAACAUAGAAGCAAAAGCUAAAAUAACUUUAAUGUAUACAAUGUAAUCAAUGUAUACAGCAACCGUAGUAGCUUAUAAUGACUGUCAAUAAGCUCAUAUGCACUAACAAUGUGUAUAAUUUAUAUUAAGAGAUGUUUCGUAAUGUAUUAUAGUAUCUGUUCAUAAGAACAUUGUACACACUAAUAUACAGCAUAAUGAACCGCAUCUUUACGAAGAGAUAAACUUAUAUAAACUGUAUAUAACUUUAAACUGUUAUAACAGCAUAUGACCUGUCUUUGUAAGUUAUGUAAGCUAUAUAAAGUGUUACCAAAAUGUUUAUCCAGUAGGUUUGUUUGUAGCAAAUAUUAACAAAAGCUGGGAAAAAACACCAGAAACCUGAAACAACGAGAUUUAGAUAGAAAGCAUGGUCUCUGAAACCAGCAUGUAAUUUUAAGUGCACAGAACACUAAUGUAAUGCUUCUGCUAAUGCCAACAAAACCGUUAGGAUAGAGUAAGCAUAGAGAAUUUUACGGGUAUGUGAUGCUGGAGCUCUCUCUGAUCGUUUACUUGUGUUUUCAUUUCAUGAUCCGUUGCCUCUCCUCAGUCCUCAGAAUUGCCUUAUGCAGUUGGUCGUCAUUUAGACUUGAGUAUCUGCAUAUGCACCAUGGCGGUCCAGCACAACUCUGAGCCACUACAGCAACUUUCACAUGUAUUGGGGUGCCUUUUACUGAUGGAGUCCAGACUUUUAUCUGUGCAUCUUCCGCUUUCUUCUUCUUCUUCUCCUUCUCCUUCCAGUGCUGUGCCCAAAUGUGUCUGUUUUAAACAUGCAUCCUGCAUUGUGUGGGAUUCACGUUAUUUGUUCAUGUUACUUGUUUUGUUUUCUUCAGUAAGUUGAAUACAUGUUUUUGUACAUGCUGUUCUACGAUUCGCUUUGAGCCACUCACAGCCUAUAAUAACUACACCUGGAAUAAUGGCAUGUAUGCAAAGCAGGGAGAGGCGAGUCGACAAGUCAAGGCACUACAUAAUAUAUGCUUUGCUUUGUACAGGCCUCAGUUCAGCAUUUUUAGAAUGAAUGGAAUGGCCUUGCAUUUGUGUACACAUUGUGUGACAAACCAUGGUCAUGGUUGCUUUUGUUUGUUUUGUUUUUUUGGUCAUAGAUUUAACUGGAGGUAUCAUCUUUAUCCACGCUAUAGAGUUGCUCUGGAAGCUACACUAUAAAAGCUACACUGUAUUAAGAGUAAAAGUAAUGGCGCAGUCAGAUGUACAUAAUUUCCAAGCCAGUAAUGAAUAUUAAAUAAAAAUGAGAAAACAACUGUCGCAUAAAUAAGUAAGUAAGCUUAAAGACAACAUUGUCUCUUUUGUUAGAGAUUAUAUCCAUCUGCCAAUGGUGUACAUGUUUAAUUCUAUAAAUUAUAAUUCAUGCAUGUUCAUCUGUUCAAAUCUGUGUAAGCAUAUCAUCGCUGUUGCACUAAAAACCUUGUAGCUUCAUUUUUGUCACAUUUUAACUUUUAGUAAUCUGACAGUGUUUCUUUACAUAUUUACAUCUAGUAUAAUUUUAUGGUGAAUGGACCAAUAGAAAUGCUCCAAAAUUGUAACUUGGAAUAAAAACAUUCUCCAUUGACUUCCAUUAAAAGUCCAGAAGGUUUUUUCCUUCUCUUGUAAAGUUGAAAAUUUGGAGAUAAAAAGUUUUUUUUCGUGACAGCGAAGAUAUUUUUAGGAUUCAAAAUGAUUAAGUGAUUAUCUCUUUCUUAGUCUGAUUAUUAUUAUUUCUAAUACUAAACCAUUUACUAUUUUACAUGAGUUCUUAAAAGCCUGAUGUCCUCAUGGUGUACAUUUUCAUGUGUUUGGCCUCUAUAGUUUAACACAUUAAGACAACGUCAUGAUUUAUCCACUAACAGCAACAGUAUAUUACUGUAAUCGUCUCUUUCAGUGUUGUCAUUUGCUCUGUUCUUACAGUAUCACUACAUCCAAGUGUUUUGUGUUUACUUGUAGAUGAGACCAUUGCUUAUUUAAUGCCCUCUGUGGAGUGAACAGCUCAUUCCAAACCUGCUCUGAAAUUCCUGUAAUAACACCUUUUAAUCUUGACCACGUUUCUGUUUAUCCUGCAACUUUUUUCUGUCGACAAUAAAUCUUGAAUACUUACCAGA